AUGCUUGUCGAUGCAACGAGAAAGCUUAUUGUCAAGAAAAUCCACGAAGCCAAAUACUUUUCAGUUAUUCUUGAUUGUACUCCUGAUGUUUCUCGCAGGGAACAAAUGUCUAUUAUCAUCCGAUGCGUAGAUGUUUCAACAGCAAGAAUCGAAGAGUAUUAUCUUGGGUUUUUGCGAGUGGAAGAUAAAACAGGAGAAGGUUUAUUUUUUGAACUUGAAGAUGCAUUAAUCAAUCUUGGGUUAAACAUUGAUGAUAUAAGAGGACAAGGGUAUGACAAUGGAGCAAACAUGAAAGGAAAACAUAAAGGUGUGCAUGCAAGAUUACUCGAGAUCAAUCCAAGAGCUUUCUACACACCAUGUGCUUGGCAUAGUCUUAAUCUCAUACUUUCAGAUAUGGCCAAGUCUUGUCCUAAAGCAAGUUCUUUUUUUGGAUCCAUACAACGUAUUUAUACACUUUUUUCAGCUUCAACCAACCGGUGGGAUGUAUUUAAAGAGGAGAUUGGAAAGAAGGGAUGGACACUUAAACCGUUGUCAGAUACACGGUGGGAAAGUCGUGUCGCACGUGUCAAAGCAAUAAGAUACCAAGCUCCAAAAAUUCGAAAUGCUUUAGAGAGAUUGCGAGAUUCAUCCCCUAUCUCUCAAGAAGUCAGCACUACCGACAGCUUAGUAAGUUUUGACUUGCAUAAUUUUGAAUUUUAUCUUAGCUUGACUAUCUGGUAUAGACUUCUGUUUGCUGUUAAUACUGUGAGUAAGUCAUUGCAAUCUAAAGAUAUGGACAUUGGUGUUGCUAUACAACAAAUGAAAGGUCUUAUUGAGUUUUUUAAAGACUUUAGAGUAAAUGGGUUUCAAAAGGCAAUGGAUGAAGCUAAGGAGAUUGCAAGAGCGAUGGGAACUGAACCUACAUUUCAUGAAGUUCGUAACACCCGUACUACCGAACCAACAUCAGCUUAUUUGAAGCAUGGUAGAUCUAGUGAUAUUGAUGGCAAGGAAUUAUGUAUGGAACUAAUCGUCAUGCGAAUUGUACUACCUAGUUCGUGUAGUAAGCCAAUCGAUGUCUUACAAUUUUUACUAAGAAUGGGUGGUUGUUACCCUAAUGCAUGGAUUGCUUAUAGGAUAUUGCUUACGAUUCCAGUCACAGUCGCCUCCGCGGAAAGAAGUUUUUCUAAGCUAAAGUUGAUUUUCUCGUAUCUUCGAUCAACUAUGUCGCAGGAAAGACUAGUAGGAUUAUCUAUGUUAGCAAUUGAAAAUGACAUGGCUAUGCAAGUUGAUUUUAAAAUUGUACUUUCUGAUUUCGCAUCCAGGAAUGCAAGAAGGGCAUUUUCGAAUAGAUGGUAA